AUGAAGGUACUUAUUAAAAAUUAUAAACAAAUCAAUUUUUCCAUUUUCGAUUUCAAGUACCUGAGUCUGAUUUAAGAAAAAGCGAAAACAAUAUGCCAUAAUCCUGAUACGUUUCUACAUCAAAAGGUUCAAAAUUUACCAAUGAAACUUAGUUUCCAUGUAAUCAAGGCAUUUUAACAUAUGAUUUUAAGUAACUCUACCCCAGGUACAAUGUACUAAUGUCCUGAUUAGAUUACAAUUUAAUAUUCAGAUUUCAGAAGGUUACAUUAUAAAGUAAAAUCAAUCCCAGUUCCUGUUGAUGGGGUUGGACAGCAAUAACUCGCUGAUUUCUUAAUUGUAAAUUAGUAAUAUGAUUUACCUUUCCAAAUCUAUUCUAUAACUGGAGCUUCAGUAAGAGCAAUUCUUAAAUCUUCAUACGAUGUACUUACAAAAUUAGUUUAACAGAAUCCGUGUCAUUAUAACAUUCUUUUUCCAAGAUUUUUAUGA